CUCACUUCUGAUUCCCUCCCUUUUGAUGGUGGUUUCCUUGGGAGCUGCAUCACAAGUGCUCCACCAUCCUGCCACACUGGGCAAUUGGUGAUUCAUCGACUGAGGUCUUUGCCCCUUUUGAGUUUCAGGUGGUCAGAACCAGCCCCAGCUGGCUGCUGGGCUUAGUGGAAUGCUGCACAGCCCUCUACAUGCAGGAGAUCCUUUCCAGCUUGCUUGUCCCACUCUUUCUGUUCCUUAGUUAUCUGUCCUGAUGCCAGCAGUUCAGAUCCUGCUCUUUCUGGUACAGCAGAAGCUGUUUUUCCUCACACUGGAGCUGGUGCUUCUGAGUCCCACAGCUUGGAGCUGGGGUCUCCAUGUCAUUGGACAGUGAACUUAGAAAUUACUCCACCCUACUCAGACAGUACUUUAGGGGAAGAUAAAGUUUGAUUGAUCAAUGAAGGUACUUAACUCAUACCUUAUAGUGAAGCUAGAACUUUAAGCUAAGUCUAUUUUUAGAUCUAAUACAAAAAGGUGUUAAGUAACUAUAAAGGCUAAAUUAAUCACAAAAAGAUCAAGUAACUCACAAAAAGUGGACUUAACAAAAAAGUGUGAAGUAGCUCAAAAGAUAUAAUCUAACCAGAGAAGGUGAGAACUAAAGAGUGGGCAGUUCUGGAGAAAAGCGUCUACUGUGAUUGGUAGAUGUGAAAAUUUAGGGGAGGUGACACAAGAGAAAAGGUCUAUAAAAGAGGAUGAAAUUUCAGAUUCAGGCAUUUGGAUUUCAGUCAGUUCAGAGGAAGAACUGAGCCUGGAGGAUCUCCCUCAGACAGCUUCUUUGAGACAGUCUCGUGGCCAGAUCUUCCUGUGAUCAGAAGAGCUGGUGAGGAUAGCAGGCAUGGCUCUACUCCAGCGAGGUUCCUGCGGCACCAUGAAUCCCCCUGGCAAAUAUGAUGAAAGUUCUGACAUCCAUAUCCGUUCUGGAAUCUCAGAGGAAGAGAAAGCAGCAGUGAAAAAGCGGAAGGAGCUAGUCUUGACAACCUUGAGGAACUUGGGCCUUAAUGCCAACAAGGCUCCUGUGGUUUCUGUCCUGGUCUCUGGUGGGGGCCUGAGGGCCGCCAUAGCCUGCCAAGGCAUCCUUAGUGAGCUGAGCAACGUGGGGCUCCUGGACCUGGUCACGUACCUUGCGGGGGUCUCUGGCUCCACUUGGUGCAUGUCCUCCCUCUACACCAAGAGUGAUGGGUGGCAGAACCUGCAGAAGGCAGAGAAUGAGUUACGGAGGCGACUGCAGAAGGACAAGUGGAAUUUCUCUCAUGCCCUGACUGGGCUCUGCAUGGCUGCAAAGAGGGAUGACUAUUCCCUGACUGACUUCUGGUCCUAUACCCUUGUCUACUUCCUUACUAAGGAACUUCUGGAUGCCAACCUGUCAGGUUCAAGGAGUCAGUCUGAGACGGGGACUGUGCCGUAUCCCAUAUUUGCCACUGUCGACCAUUACUUCAAACGCAAAGGAAAGGAGAAGACUCUGAAGUCCUGGUUUGAAUUCACUCCUCAUGAAGCUGGCUACCCAAAACUUGACCUCUCAACACCUGGUGCUUAUGUUUCUACCACCCUUUAUGGGAGCAAGUUCAAGGCAGGGAAGCUCAUCCAACAGGAAGCUGAAAGGGAUUUAUCCUACCUGAGAGGAUUGUUUGGCAGUGCUCUGGCGGACAGAAAUUCUAUUCUCACAUCUAUAAGAGAUUUCUUAUUGAAAUUCAUCCAUCAGGAUAGUACUGAGAAACAAAACCUCCUAGGUCUGUAUCCCAAAGAGAUAGAAGGAAAAGGACUUGUGCUUGAAGGAGAUAUCUUGAAAACCAUCAUGGAAGAACUAGUCACCUUGGUUUACAUCUUUACUACUGGUGGAGACUAUCUGCCAGUCCUGGAAAGUCUCCAAUUUAAAAUGGCAGGGUACAAAGAUUUUUCUCAGUCUCAGAGAAUGAUCACCAAGAUGCUUCAGCACUCGCGCCAGACCUCUUCAGAUCAACAGAGACAAUCCAUUCUGGACUUACUCACAGAGGUUUUGAAGCAUGAUGCAAAGGAAGAGCGCAAUAUCCGACCUUUCAUCCAAUUCAUAUGGAAGACUUUCAAGUGCCUCUUAUUCUGGACAUGGGGAACAACAAAUAACUUUCUGUAUAAGUAUGGAGACAUCAAGGACAAGGAUCUCACAGACCGGGAAAAUCUGUAUUUGAUGGAUGCUGGCCUGGAUAUCAACUGUGCCUAUCCCCUGGUCCUGCCCCCAGUGCGGGACACUGACAUCAUCCUCUCCUUUGACUUCAGUGAAGGGGAUCCAUUUUUGACCAUCAAAGAUACAGCAAAGUAUUGCAAAGCCUGCAAUAUCCCCUUCCCUCCGGUGGAUGAAGAUAAGCUCGACCAAGAUGCCGAGGCUCCCUCUGACUUCUACAUCUUUGAAAGGGAGAAGGGCCCUGUGGUCAUGCACUUCCCCCUUUUCAAUAAAGUGAAUUGCGGCAGCCCAGAGGUCAUCAAGAAGAGACGUGAGACGUUUGCGACAUUCCGCUUCGACGACUAUUCUGAUGAUGAGGUGCGUCAACUCCUGGAAGAUGCGAAGGCCAAUGUGAGGAACAAUAAGGAAAGAAUCUUGGGAAAGAUCUGUACACUGGCACGGGCAGCCUCAUAGGACGGCGGCCUCCAAAGCUUCUGCCCUCACAGGGUGCACACACGCUGGCAUGGCUUCUACUACCCAGGAGCAGCUGUUGUUCCUUCUGCCCUUCUGGGACAAUCUCUCAGUUACCUGCUCCAGAAAUGCUUUCAGUGGCCAACUCUUUUUAGAAGGCCCCGCCAUUAUGCUUCGUACUCUCAGACGACUUGUCUGCCUUCUGCUUACCCUCUCUCAGGGCCAAUAAAAUGUUGUCCUGGCUCACAGCCA